UUGUUUCUCUGAGUAAUUUGAGAUAUUAAAGAUGUAGUUUCACUGGCCAUUAUUAAUGGCGAUGGAUUCUUACAGAGGAGGCAGUAGGCACCACCUUUCUUGAGGAUUUAAAAAAUAACUUGCCGCCUCCAUGUAAAUAUGAGAGUUGUCGCCAUUCCAAGUUCUUCCUGAACCGGCUCGGUCGCCGCAACAGACGCCUGUGUCUUUACCUUCUGCGUUUUGGUGAAGACCAUUCGACCAGGUGCGGUUUCUGUUCUGAGUUCUCUCUCUCGCCAUGGCCCAAGACCACCACCACCACCACCAACAUGCCCAUCUUCCUCUGAUAGAUGAAAAUAACGCCAUGAGCGGAAAUGGUGGGCCUUCUUCCUCCUUCUGCAUCGAUAUCGAGGGCGGUGGCGGAGUAGGAAGUGGAAACAAAGGUGGAGGUCCCGACGAGGUGACGGCGACGGGGGGCCACGAGGCCUCGGACUCGAUCAAACUAGCCUUAGCGAGCGUGGCGCAGGCGAGAUCCGUGCUUCAGGGCCUGGGUGAGAGGCCGGACCACGAGUCCGUGGAUUUCGCCAGGAACAAGAUUGCGGAGAUCGAUGCCAAGCUUGCGAAGCAGCUCGAGGAGGUCGUGUUAUCUCCACGACCUGAGGAGGUUGAUCGGCACGAUUGGAGAAAUCAUCAGGCAGAAAAGGAAAAGGAAUACAGGCAGGAAGCAGAGAAGGAGAAACUCCCAUUCAAGGCUCUGGUUCAGUUGGAAGAGAUGCACGCCACAUACUCGGUGCUUCUGAAGGAGGCGGAGGAGAAAUUGGAGAAGCUCUACGCUGCGGAAGGGAAUAGUUCUAAGUUCAUGCCUGUUGAGGAUGAGGUCAAUGAAGAAGUUGUUAACAUACUGCGUGAAGCGUCGGAGAAGAAGCUGGGGCAUGUGGUUCUUUCCGGGCGCAUGCUGCGGUACCUGCCGGAGGCAUUCGGGCGGAUUCACAGCAUAGUCACUCUUAACCUUUCCAAUAAUCAACUUGAGGCUAUUCCUGACUCGAUAGCCGGACUUCAAAACAUGGAGGAAUUGCAUCUUUCUUCCAAUAUUCUGGUGUCACUGCCGGACUCAAUUGGCCUGUUACUUAACCUGAGGAUACUCAAUGUCUCUGGAAACAAGCUAAAAGCACUACCCGAUAGCAUCUCACACUGCAGAUCAUUGGUGGAGUUAGAUGUGAGCUUUAAUGAGCUUACCUUUCUACCAACGAACCUUGGUUAUGAAUUGGCGAAUCUGCAAAAGCUCCUAGUUCAUCUAAACAAGAUACGAUCUCUGCCUUCUUCAGUUUGUGAAAUGAGAUCUCUGAAGCAAUUGGAUGUUCAUUUCAAUGAGCUUUGUGGUCUACCUUUUGCAAUAGGAAGGUUGACAAACCUUGAGGUUCUGAAUUUGAGCAGCAACUUCAGUGAUCUGAAAGAGCUCCCUGAGUCAAUCGGGGAUCUAACUAAUCUCAAGGAACUUGAUAUUAGCAACAAUCAGAUUCACAUCCUUCCUGAUUCAUUUGGUAGACUAGAGAACUUGGUGAAGCUCAAUCUUGAUCAGAAUCCAUUGGUUAUCCCUCCUGUAGAAGUUGUUACACAAGGUGUUGAAGCUGUAAAAGAGUACAUGGCAAAAAGAUGGGUGGACCUUUUGUUGGAGGAAGAGCAUAAAAGUGUACUAGAAGCUAAUGCCCAAGCUCCAACUGGUUUGCUGUCUCGCAGCACUUCUUUCGUAAACAGUUGGGUUUCUAGGAUUGCUGGAGGUGUUGCUGGUUAUUUGGCCACAACUGGGGAACCUAAAGAUCCCUUGCUUGAUCAGCAAUUAUAGUUUUUCCAGCUGAAGCUUGCGGAUGAAUGCAUGUUCUCCUGUAAAGUUUUGAAAGUUUUUGAGUCCUUGCCUCCAUGUACUUGUUUUGUUGUUUGUAGCUCUUAUCGCGAAUUUUGUUUGUUGGAGCCUUACCAAAAGAAGUUGGUGAACCUUAGCCAUAUUUUAAGUAACUUUUGUCCUCUCUA